AUGGCUACCCGUUCCCUCAAACCAGUCCUGUGUGGCUUGGUCCUCGCCUUUGCGCUGCACGCUGGCAUUGCUGCUGCUUCGUCGGCCUACGACAAGGGCGAUCCUCUUUUCAAUGCCCAAGUCCUCGAGAACCUGAGCCUCGAGGAGUUUGACGGUGAGCUUCAGCAAUGCCCCAUCGUUGCCUCUCUCUCGGGCGCAAAGGCCGCGCACUUUUCCUCGCAGACGUCGUCCUUCCUCUCUCGCGCCUUCGCCGUGCUCUUCCCCGCUGAGCGCCCCGCCAUCAAUGCCCUCCUUGCCACCCUCUACAUCUCUGGCCCCCCGAACCUGCUGCUGGCCCUCUGCCCUCCCGAUAUCGAUCCGGCUUCGCUCUCUGUCAUGGUUGCCUUUGCCGUCGGCGGUCUCCUCGGCGAUACUCUCUUCCACCUGCUACCCGAGAUCUUUCUCGGCGAGGACGAGCCCGACAAGGCGCGCUUUGUGCUGGUCGAGCCCCAGCGUAAUCUUCUUCUCGGUGUCGCCAUUCUUGUGGGCUUCAUGACCUUUGUCGCCAUGGACAAGGGCCUUCGGAUCGCAACCGGCGGCGCCGGACACGACCACGGCCACGGACACUCGCACGGCGAGGCCGAAGAGGUUGUCGCCGAGGCCGUCAGCUCUGCGCUCGACAAGGCGGACGGCAAGGCCAAGAACCGCAAGGCUAAGAAGGGCGAGGUUGCCGUCAUCAAGCCCGCUGAGAAGGAGAUUAAUGCCAGUGUCAAGCUGGGUGGGUACCUGAACCUCAUCGCCGAUUUCACGCACAAUAUCACCGAUGGUCUUGCCAUGUCGGCCAGCUUCUACGCAUCGCCCACUAUUGGCGCCACAACGACGGUGGCCGUCUUCUUCCACGAGAUCCCCCAUGAGGUUGGCGACUUUGCGCUGCUCGUGCAGUCUGGUUUCAGCAAGCGUGCUGCCAUGGGCGCGCAGUUCGUUACGGCUCUCGGCGCGCUGCUGGGCACCCUUAUUGGGAUUGCUGUGCAGGAGCUCGGUGGUGGAGCCGGUGACGAGGGCGGACCGAUGGGACGAAACGGCGGUAUCUGGGGCACCAGCCUUAGCUGGGGUGACCUGUUGCUGCCGUUCACGGCUGGCACGUUCCUCUACGUCGGUACGGUGGCUGUCAUUCCUGAGCUGCUGGAGACGGGUCCCAACAAGGCCCAGGAGCUGAAGAAGACGGUCGUGCAGUUUGCAGCGAUUGCUCUGGGAGCAGGCAUCAUGCUGUUCAUCUCGUGGCACGACUAG